AUGUCCAAACAAAAUGUUGGCAUUGAGGUUACAGACGGGCCCAGACGAGCUGGUCAUAGUAGCAAGGGUAGAUGUGAUGUUGCGCUCGAUGUUGUCGUGGUCAAGAAUGAUGUCGUCGACGUUGUACAACUUUCGGCAGAGGUCGUGGAAGAUGUGCUGCUUUCAGUAGUAGAGGUUAAUGUUGAAGAUGCUGUGGUACUUUCGGUGGCGGACGACCCGGGAACGGUAGUGCUAGAGCUGGACGAGGAUAUUGAACCAUCAAUAGAACCAAUCCCAAAACUUGAUGAUGACCAUAAGGUCGUGGUAUCCAGAGUUGCCGACGACCUGGACGAAGAGGUCGUCGAUCCAUCGAUAGGGCCAACAUCAAAGCUAGAGAAUGACGAUGCGGUGGAGCUUUCCCUUGUUGACGAGGUCGAGGUUGGAGCGGAAGUGGAAGUGCUCAAGCUCGAUGAAGAUGGCGUGGGUUCUACCAAUAGGUCUGGCACUGAAGCUUGGAGAUGA